AUGGCCUGCCACCAAGCCCACAACAUUCCGUGGAACGUCCUGGCAUCCAACUUUAAGCACGUCGCAGCCCACCGCGGCGUGGAGCACACGAACCUGUACCCGCGCUUCAAGCAGCACCAGGGCAAGGAAAUCCAGUACUUCAUCAACGCCUUCUGCAGCAACGUGACGGCGCACACACGGGUCGAGCUGCGCAAGUUUGGCGAUGAGGCGCAGCCAUCGGCGGACGCGGACGCGAUCGCCGCUACGCAGUCACACAUGCAUCCGGACGCCAUUCUCCUGACAGACGAGACGGUCGAGCGCAUCAAGCACUCGGUCCACGGCUGCGCCGAGAUCUACUGGUGCGACGGCGAGCCGGGCCUGGACUGGACAACGGUGCCGCUCCCCUUCCGGCGCGCCGGGGCCUUCCUCCUCGGCCGCGGCGAGCCGGGCGAUGGGGCCGACGACGGACGAGAGGCCUGGCGCAACGGCCCUGGCGCCUUCGUCAGCCUCGAGAUCUUCAAGCUCCUGCUGCUGCACGGGGAGAUGGCCGUGCUGCGCCGCAUCUGCCGUGACGGCGGCUCACGCGCGCGCGCCGCCUGGCUCCAGGGGUGGGAACGGCACUACGACGCGCACGGCGACCAGAACGCGUGCGGCUGGGGGUUCGUGCCCAAGCUGGCGCUCAAGGCCUACCUGUGCCUGAACCUGCUGCUGUGUUUCCCGCCGCUGCACGACGACGGCCGCGACGGGCGUCGCGAGCGUGACGAGGGGCGCGCGGGCGCACGGCCGCUCGACUACCGCGAUACACGCUGCUACCAGCACACGCUGCGCGAGUGCUGCCUCACGGAUGCCGCGACCACGACGGCGGCGCUGCCGCACCAGCACUUCUUCGGCAUCCCGCGCGGCGUCUACGCGCGGUACGGCUACGGUUCCGCGCCGGCGGCGUACCUGACGGACCAGUACCCGAGCCGGGAGCGGCCGCGCUUCCCGUACGGUGUCCUGCCGUUCGGAGACUUUAUCCAUCUCGAGGGCGCCGUGCCGCACCAGCCGUCGGUCCCGGACGUGCUCUACGUGCGGUGGUGCCUCUGCCGGCUCGGGUUGCCGACCGAGCUGGCGAUUGAGGUCAUGGACUUUGCCGGCUAUGUGCCGCAGCGGCGUCUGCCCGUGGCCCAUGAUCCGUUUCACAUGGCGAAUAGGGAGGAGCUGCGGAGAUAUCUCAAUUACUGUUGGACUGUGAUCGUGCGGACCGAUAUGCUCGGCACGUGGCUGGGAUACGACGUGCCUUGGGACAGACUUGUGGCCGAGCAACUGAUGCAGCUUGUGGGUUAUGGUCCCAGUAAUCCGGUCAACAUAUGCGCAUGGAAGGAGGUUUUGCACCGAGGAGUAUGA